UCUUACUAUACAGGGGGAGCAGCCUGUGGUGUCCUGUUAUUAUUAUUAUACAGGGGAGCAGCCUGUGGUGUCCUAAUAUUAUUAUUAUACAGGGGAGCAGCCUGUGGUGUCCUGUUAUUAUUACUAUACAGGGCUCUUCCACAGAUACGAAGACAGUUCCACCGGAGGAGGAGUAUAUAGAGGAACAAAGAGGUCUGUAUGAGGACGUGAUGAUGGAGAAUCACCUGCCCCUCACAUCACUGGGUAAGAGGAGACUGUCCUGUAUUGUACAGGGAAGAGCAGAUGGGCCCAGUAACAGAGAUACCCCAGAGAGAUGUCCCCGUCCUCUGUAUUCCCAGGAUUGUACAGAGGAGAAUCACAGGAUCCCACAGGAGGAUCAGGUAGAACGUCUUUCUCGUAUAAAGGCAGAAGAUAUAGAGGAAGAAGAAGAAACGUAUGUGACUGAUAUUAAGGUAGAAGAUAUAGAGGGAGAAGAAGAGACGUAUGUGACUGAUAUAAAGGCAGAAGAUAUAGAGGGAGAAAAAGAGACGUAUGUGACUGAUAUAAAGGCAGAAGAUAUAGAGGGAGAAGAAGAGACGUAUGUGACUGAUAUAAAGGCAGAAGAUAUAGAGGGAGAAGAAGAGACGUAUGUGACUGAUAUAAAGGCAGAAAGUAUAGAGGGAGAAGAAGAGACGUAUGUGAGGGGUGAUCAGCAGUGUAAGGAAGAGGAGAUCCCUACGGAUAUCAGCACAGCAGAUGGACACACAAGCAGGAAUAUCUCAGAAGGACAUCUAAUGUUAUCCCCGGAUUGUGACAUAAAAGAUAAUGACAGAAGACAGGAUUCUCCAGGAGAUAACCCCAUUACCCCAAUUAUACAUCCAGCUCUAUCAGCUGAUCCCUCUGAUCCUGGGAAAUGUUUUCCUGAUCACCCUGAUAUUGGUGCAUCUGUUACAGCUCUGACAGUAGAUACAGAGUUUCCCUGUUCUAUAGAUGCCAAAUGUUUUACACAGAACACAAAGCCUAUUAACCCACACACAGGUAAGGCAGGUGAAAGGCCACUGAUAUGUUCAGAGUUUGGGAAAUGUUUUGCACACAAAUCAGAUCUUAUUAGACAUAACAUAAGUCACACAGGUGAGAAGCCAUUUUCUUGCUCUGAGUGUGGGAAAAGUUUUACCUGGAAAUCCCACCUUGUUAUACAUCAGAGAAGUCACACAGGUGAGAAGCCUUUUCCAUGUUCUGAGUGUGGAAAAUGUUUUGCACACAAAUCAGGUCUUGUUAUACAUCACAGAAGUCACACAGGUGAGGAGCCAUAUCCAUGUUCUGAGUGUGGGAAAUGUUUUACCUGCAAAUCACAACUUGUUACACAUCAGCGAAGUCACACAGGUGAGAAGCCAUUUUCUUGCUCUGAGUGUGGGAAAUGUUGUGUAAGUAAAUCACAUCUUGUUAUACAUAACAGAAGUCACACAGGUGAGAAACCAUUUUCUUGUUCUGAGUGUGGGAAAUGUUUUACACGGAAAUCACAUCUUGUUACACAUCAGCAAAGUCACGCAGGUGAGAAGGCAUUUCCAUGUUCUGAGUGUGGGACUUGUUUUGCAAACAAAUCAGAUCUUGUUAGACAUAACAGAAGUCACACAGGUGAGAAGCUGUUUUCUUGCUCUGAGUGUGGGAAAUGUUUUGUAAGUAAAUCACAUCUUGUUAUACAUCACAGAAGUCACACAGGUGAGAAGCCAUUUUCUUGCUCUGAGUGUGGGAAAUGUUUUACACAAAAAUUAAAUCUUGUUAGACAUAACAAAAGUCACACAGGUGAGAAGCCAUUUCCAUGCUCUGAGUGUGGGAAAUGUUUUGCUCACAAAUUACAUCUUGUUAGACAUCAGAGAACUCACACAGGUGAGAAACCAUUUUCUUGCUCUGAGUGUAGGAAAUGUUUUACACGGAAAUCACAACUUGUUACACAUCAGCAAAGUCACACAGGUGAGAGUCCAUUUCCAAACUCUGAGAAAUAAAUAAGCUCUUGUUGCACACAAUAGACAUCACUCAGGUGAGGAACCAUUUUAAUCUUCUGGAGUAUACUCAUUGCCAUGCGUUGUUCUUCAAGGUUCUUAACCUAUCUCCUAUGCUUUUUGCAAUAUACAUGUUACCACUGGGUGAAAUAAUCAGAUGUCAUGCCCUCAUCUACCACUGCUCUGCAGAUGACCUGUCUUUUGCUCCAGGUACUGAGAACCCAGUACCAAUCCUAAAUGGUUGUCUAGCUGAGCUCCAGGUGUGGGUGAUGCCAGUUGGCUGUGACACAGUCCUGGUGAAACAGGUCCAUAUGGUAGAAGCUCACCAACAAAGGGCAGGGCUACAGCUCAGCUUUGCCUACCAACCAGACUUACGUUUGGGUGUUCAGAGUUACAAAAUGCUGAUCCUGUGCGUAAUCUUGGUGUCCUGGAUGGCGGAGUGACACUUAGACAUCACGUAUCAGCCACAAUCAGAUCCUCAUCUGAGGAACAUAGCCAGACUCCAGCACUUUAUUCCCUCAGAAGAUCUACCUACAGUCAUACAUCCACUUGUAUCAUCACACAUAGACUACUGCAAUGUCCUCUACCUGGGUCACCCAGCAAAAUAAUUGCACCGCUUGUAGCUUGUACAGAAUGCAGCAACCAGGCUAUUACCUAACCAGCCUGUUCUUGCCACAUAACACCCAUUCUCUGCUCCCUUCACCGGCUGCCUGUAAGAUGGUGACUCUAUUACAUAAUCUUACUGACUCUCCCAGCCCUACAUGACCAGGGUCCAUGGUAACAGAAGCAGCUUCUGCCUCCUUACUGCCCUGCUUGCUUACUUCCAUCUGGAGACAAAGGACUGUUACCAGCAGUACCAAGAAUCCCCAAGCAGUUCUGAGAUGUCAGAGGGGCAGAGAGGGUGGUGGCAGUAGUGCUGUAGCGGGGGCUGCCGGAGGCACUGUCUGUGGGUAAUAUUGUCCCCAAGCAGCGCUAAGGUGUCAGAGGGGGAGACAGGGCAGUAGCAGUAGUGGGGGAGGAUAAGGAGGGUGGCAGUAGUGACAGAGGACAAGGUGGGUGGCAGUAGUGGGGGGGGAGACAGGGUGGAUGGCUGCAGUGCAGUACCAGGGGCUGCUGGAGACAGUAACGAGGUGUAUGGGUCCCGCACAGAAUCAGUUGAUAAUUAGACUUAGUGAUGAUUAUGCUUCCUUAUUUCUAAUUAAUCCCUUGUAUGUGUUACUGUUAUUUGCUGUGUCAGCCUUUAUGUGUGUUCUGUGUAAUAAUCCUGAAAGUAGUGCUGCUACCGAUCUCGUAUCAUUUGUAGUAACUUGGAAAAGAUGAGAUAUGAGGUGCACUAUGGAAGCUUACAGGGGGUUAAUCAGAGAUGAUCGCAGAUGUGACAUCAUGCAGCCCCUGGAAAAUGGUCCUGGCCCGCCUGCGUUUACCCCUCAGGGAUGCGACCGCAAUGUGUGUGCACGGCCGCUGCGCAUGUGUAUUUUGCCACCACCAGCAAACUGCUGGGGGCCGCUAUUGCGGCUGGGUCUGAAUGACCCCCAUAGGGUUUUAGCUCUUCUGAUAUGUAUCUGUUUUACUUACCUGCAAUACUAUAAUGUAACUUGAAUUGUUUCUGUGCUUUAAGGAUAUUUUAUCCAUGUUGUGCAGAGUAAAGUAUUUUUUAAGUUUAAAAUAUAGAGAAAAAUCUGUGUA